AUGAUAUUCACUUCAACAAUAUAUUUUACAGCCUUAAUCUAUUUAUUUUUUUACACAUAACCUAACAUAAUAUAAUAAUUUGGAGGAUUAAUUGCUAUGAGAACUAUAUCGAAGAUAGAUUAUAUCAACAUAAAUACUUAGUAUUUAUAUCAUACUUAGGAACAUUUAAAUUGGAUUAAAUUUUUUAUUGGUCCUGUUUUAUUUAUUUUUGGAAGCAUCAUUCCAUUUCUAUUAUUGAUUAUACUCUACAAAAUCAGGAAAUAUAUUAAUUUAGAGCAAACAAGAAAAAUAUGGGGUGAUCUUUUUAAAGAGAAUUGA